GCAGCGCCCUGCCCCGCCUGCUGCUGCCGCUGCUGCUGCUGCCCGCCGCUGGGCCAGCCCAGUUCCACGGGGAGAAGGGCAUCUCCAUCCCGGACCACGGCUUCUGCCAGCCCAUCUCUAUCCCGCUGUGCACGGACAUCGCCUACAACCAGACCAUCAUGCCCAACCUUUUGGGCCAUACGAAUCAGGAGGACGCGGGCCUGGAGGUGCACCAGUUCUAUCCGCUGGUAAAGGUGCAGUGCUCGCCCGAACUGCGCUUCUUUCUGUGCUCCAUGUACGCACCCGUGUGCACCGUGCUGGAGCAGGCCAUCCCGCCGUGCCGCUCCAUUUGCGAACGCGCGCGCCAGGGCUGCGAGGCGCUCAUGAACAAGUUCGGUUUUCAGUGGCCCGAGCGCCUGCGCUGCGAGCACUUCCCGCGCCAUGGCGCGGAGCAGAUCUGCGUGGGCCAGAACCACUCCGAGGACGGCGCGCCCGCGCUGCUCACCACCGCGCCGCCCCCGGGCCUGCAGCCGGGUGCUGGUGGCACCCCGGGCGGCCCUGGCGGCGGCGGCUCGCCUCCGCGUUACGCCACCCUGGAGCACCCUUUCCACUGUCCCCGCGUCCUCAAGGUGCCGUCCUAUCUCAGUUACAAAUUUCUAGGCGAGCGCGACUGUGCAGCGCCCUGCGAGCCGGCGCGGCCGGACGGCUCCAUGUUUUUCUCCCAGGAGGAGACGCGCUUCGCGCGCCUCUGGAUCCUCACCUGGUCGGUGCUGUGCUGCGCCUCCACCUUCUUCACUGUCACCACUUACCUGGUGGACAUGCAGCGCUUCCGCUAUCCCGAGAGGCCCAUCAUUUUCCUCUCCGGCUGCUACACCAUGGUGUCGGUGGCCUACAUCGCCGGCUUCGUGCUGCAGGAGCGUGUGGUGUGCAACGAGCGCUUCUCGGAGGACGGCUACCGCACGGUGGUGCAGGGUACCAAGAAGGAGGGCUGCACCAUCCUCUUCAUGAUGCUCUACUUCUUCAGCAUGGCCAGCUCCAUCUGGUGGGUCAUCCUGUCGCUCACCUGGUUCCUGGCGGCGGGCAUGAAGUGGGGUCACGAGGCCAUCGAGGCCAACUCACAGUACUUCCAUCUGGCCGCGUGGGCCGUGCCCGCGGUCAAGACCAUCACCAUCCUGGCCAUGGGCCAGAUUGACGGCGACCUGCUGAGCGGCGUGUGCUUCGUGGGCCUCAACAGCCUGGACCCGCUGCGGGGCUUUGUGCUGGCGCCCCUCUUCGUGUACCUGUUCAUAGGCACGUCCUUCCUCCUGGCCGGCUUCGUGUCGCUCUUCCGCAUCCGCACCAUCAUGAAGCACGACGGCACCAAGACGGAGAAGCUGGAGCGGCUCAUGGUGCGCAUUGGCGUCUUCUCCGUGCUCUACACGGUGCCCGCCACCAUCGUCAUCGCCUGCUACUUCUACGAGCAGGCCUUCCGCGAGCACUGGGAGCGCUCCUGGGUGAGCCAGCACUGCAAGAGCCUGGCCAUCCCGUGCCCCGCUCACUACACGCCGCGCAUGUCGCCCGACUUCACGGUCUACAUGAUCAAAUACCUCAUGACGCUCAUCGUGGGCAUCACGUCAGGCUUCUGGAUCUGGUCCGGCAAGACGCUGCACUCGUGGAGGAAGUUCUACACCCGCCUCACCAACAGCCGACACGGGGAGACCACCGUGUGAGGGGGCGCCCCUGCGCCUCGCGCCCGGAACCCCCCACCCCUCGCCCGCGUCGCGCUUUCCCCCCUUCCCGGUUGGGGGACUCGCUCCUUACAGACUCCUUAUUUUUAUUUUUUUAAAUAAAGAACAGUCAAAACCAUUUAUUUUUUAGGUUGCUUUUUAAAGAGAACUCUGCCCAACACCCCCUCCAGGUUUGUAAUUAAAACUGUAAAUAGUCUUUGUAAAUUUAAUGAUAUAUUUGCUAUUUAAAAGAAAAGAGGGGACGGAAAAGCCGUGAGGGGCGCCGGGGCCGAGGAAAGGGGUGAAGAGUUGAGAGGGGUCUCUUCUUUAGUUGGCCCUUUUAGCCCCCCUACUUCGGUUCGAAUUUUUCGGUGAUUUGGCAGGGCUGGGCCUGCUGUUGGCCUGAGGAGUUGGGAGCUGGUUAAAUUCGACUUCUGACGCCAGGCUGGCAGAGCUCCUCACCGAUGCUGGGCCUGUGGAAGCUGUUGGGUAUUUUUGAACAGGACCUGGGUUCUUUUGGGGUUCUUUCUCUUUCCCCACAUACCUCCUCACUUGUUUUAUCUCCUUUACUUUAUCUUUGAACCUCCCAACAGAGAUGGGGGGGGACCCAAACACUGGUGGCGGGUGGGCCAGGCCGAGGAGCCUGGUUGAGGAAUGGCCUCCGUGGCUCCUGCUGGCUCCUGGCCAAGCAGGACCUUUCUCUCACUUUUCUUUUUGUGCUUGGAGUGGGCAGAAAGUGCUCUGUGAAGUGUGUUUUGAAACCCCCUUCUACACACACACACACACACACACACACACACACACACCUUUGAGAGCCUCUCCUGCUUCCUUUUUUUUAGGGGGAGCAUUAGUCUUGGAGCAUUUCUUCAGCCCAUUUUGGGCCUGGGAAUUGCCCUUGACUCUCCCCUUCAUUCACUUGCAGUCUGCUCUCCGCUGGUGUGUGUCCCCAGCUAGAUAUCUUCUUUGGCGUACGAGUUACCAGUUUGUGGGGUGGCUUGUUACGUGUGGGUUUUUGUCAUUUGGGGUCUAUUUUGUUUAAAGGAAGCAAUAAAAAUGGAUUGGGUUAGCGGGAGGGCAGAUGGGCUGGUGGGAUUUUUCGGUUUCUCUUUGCCUAAAGACUGGUCUCUAGGCAAACUUGUCCAGAAAAAGGGUGUAUUGGGGGGGGGGGGAAGGUGGGUAUCUUCGCUUUGGAAGAAGGCUCUGGGCAGACUCUUUGUGACUGUGGGGGUGGGGUUGAGUGUUUACAUGACAUUCUAUAUCACAAGAUGGAUAGAAUGUUUAUAACAGAUGUUUCUUAUCUUCUCCCUACCCCCCACAAAUAAAACUCAAGACUUUUCUUAAAGUAUCUUUGACGCUGGUAUGAGAACUCCAGUUUCCAAUACACAUCAUUUCCCUCAAAUAUUUGGAAUAUUUUAGACUUAAUUCCAGCAGAUUGAUUUGAAACCCAGGGGCUGCGGUGGAGUAAGUAUGCCACAUAAUUCAAUUUUUGACCAUCUCCUGUUUCUUGAUAAU